CCCCGCCCACAAGGAGGCGGGACAUAGCGGGACGACCUGACUGCAGCUCCAACUCCAGCCAGUUCCGCUAGCGUCCGGUUCAGACAGUCCGUCGGAUCGAGCCCGAAACCGAAACCGUACACACGAGCGGAACCCCUCGAGGAUGUCUCGCGAGCAGCAGGCGGUGGCGAGCGCCAGGCGGGCUUUCGAGACGGGCCGCUCCAAAAGUUUGGAGCAUCGCGUCCGGCAGCUGAAGAACCUUCAGCGCUUCCUCACCGAGCGCCGCCGCGACAUCUGCCAGGCCGUCAAGAAAGACCUCAACAAGAGCGAGGUGGGGGUCCAGAUGUACGAGACCCUGGGCCUGGAGGAGGAGAUCGGCCUGGCCGUCCGGAAGCUGAAGGAGUGGGCGGCGCCGCGGCCGGUGGAGAAGAACCUGCUGACCGUGUCGGACUCGGUCUACAUCAAAGCGGAACCUCUGGGCGUGGUCCUCAUCAUCGGGGCCUGGAACUACCCGUGGGCCGUCACCCUGCAGCCGCUCGUCGGCGCCAUCGCGUCCGGUAACGCCGCGGUGGUGAAGCCGUCCGAGGUCUGCGUGCACACGGCCAAGGUGAUGGACGAGCUGCUGCCGCUCUACCUGGACAAAGAGCUCUACCCGGUGGUGACGGGGGGCGUGCCCGAGACGCAGGAGCUGCUGCGCCAAAGGUUCGACCACAUCUUCUACACGGGAAACAGCGCCGUGGGAAAACUGAUCAUGGCGGCGGCCGCCAAGCACUUGACGCCCGUCACGCUGGAGCUGGGCGGAAAAAGCCCGUGUUACGUCGACAGCAAGUGCGACGUGGCCGUCGCCUGCAGACGUGUGGCGUGGGGCAAGUUCACCAACUGCGGUCAGACCUGCAUCGCGCCCGACUACAUCCUGUGCGAGCCGGCCGUGCAGCAGCGCCUCAUCCGGGAGCUCCAGAAGGCCAUCGAGGAGUUCUACACGGACGACCCCAAGACGUGCCCAGACUACGGCCGCAUCGUCAACCAGCGCCACUUCAGGAGGAUCGUGUCCAUGCUGCAGGACAGCACCAUCGCCGUGGGCGGAGACAACGACGAGGAAGACCGCUUCAUAGCUCCCACAGUGCUGCGGGACGUCAAACCCGAUGCCAAGGUGAUGCAGGAGGAGAUCUUUGGACCACUGCUGCCCAUCCUGACCGUCAAUGGCCUGGAUGAAGCCAUCCGGUUCAUCAACAAGGGCGAGAAACCUCUAGCCCUCUACGUCUUCUCUGAUGAUGACAAGGUCAUCAAGAAAAUGAGAGACGAGACCUCCAGUGGAGGACUUUUGGUCAAUGACUGUCUGGUGCACUACUCGGUCAGCUCGCUGCCUUUUGGGGGUGUUGGUAACAGCGGGAUGGGCUGCUACCACGGCAAGUACACCUUCGACCAGAUGAGUCACCUUCGGGGAUGCCUCAUCAAGGGCCUGAAGAUGGAGGCCAUGAACAACAUGCGCUACCCUCCUCACACGGCCAAGAAGUUGGGCUGGGCGCGCUUCUUCGUCCUCAAGAACUUCAACUUCGGCUGGAUCGGACGCCUGCUGCUGCUCGCCGUCGUCGCCGUGCUGGCCGCCGCCGCCGUACAGAGGUAUCACCUAUUGGAGAAGUACUACAGUUAAAGACCACCGGCGUCCUGUCCUCUGCACUCUGACCCUAGAAAUAAUUGCAGACAAUAUUUGCACGUUCUGCAAAGUACAAUUUUAGCUGCUGAUUCAUAACAUUGCACCAUCACAAUGUCAUUUUCAUUUGUUUUGAACUUUUCAAACCGGCUCAGGCGUCGUGUGAGCAAGAAAAGCUGCACAUUUGUGUCUUCAAGUGAAGGACCAAACCCCUUUUUAAAAAGCUGUUUUUACACUGAAGGAAGCUUGCUAGCGAGUCCGUUUCAUUUCAUUUCACGAGUCGGCAUCCGGCCGGCCCAAAGUCUCCGGAAGGUUCCCACCAUCGGUUUCUUGUUGGUCCUCGUUUAUUUCAUAAUCCUCGAACGCAUCGCGUGCCUGCAUUAAGAAGCGGUCAGGACGAACGUGUAGUAACUGUCGUUACUCGAGGUUUUUAUAACACUUGUAGGCUUUGUAUUGUGAUAACAGAUGAAAAGAUUAUAUUCAUGUUAAUCUCCUUGUGAAUAAUAGUCUAAUAAAUACAUUCCCAUCUGC